CACCGGGAAACGAAACUACGUCGUAUCAAUUGUUGUUUUCUGGAGCCUUGCCGGUUCUUCAGAGGCUCCGACAGCAGAGUCCGCUCUGUGCGCUCGGAAUUACACUGAACGUUGGACGUCGGCAGCGUUCUUCGGGUUUUGGGAGAUUAUUGUGUGGUGAAUCUUGCACUUCUGAUCCUUGAAGAUAUUGUGAAAAAAAAAUGCUGCACCUGGUUUAUAUCGUGUUGCUCUUAUCUGCUGCUUUCCACACAGGCUCAAGCUUGUCUGCAUGUGAAAUAGAUUGGUCAACUGCUGCCUGGGUUGCUGGUGGAGCAGUUGUUGCAGUGGUCGGAGCCCCCGUUGUUGUUAGCGCAGCCGGGUUCACCGGUGCCGGAAUAGCAGCUGGAUCCGUAGGAGCUAAACUGAUGUCUGUGGUGGCGAUAGCCAGUGGAGGAGGGGUAGCGGCUGGCAGUACUGUGGCAGCUCUCCAGUCUAUUGGAGCCGCUGGAUUAUCUGUUGCCGGUACUGCUGCUGUUGGAACCGUCGGAGCUGCCGUUGGCUACAUUACCAGAUCAUUUUAUUGCACUUCUUCAGCUGAGUCCAAAAUCCAACAGGCUGCUUGCAAGUGACACACAGUAGAAGCCAGCCAAGAUCAUAGCAAAAUAAGCUUUCUCUCUUUGGAAUGAAAGAUUAUUUACAAAACUGUGUGUAGGAUGUUAUAGCAUAUAAUUUUAGAUUAGUCUGCAUUUCAAUAUAUUCUGAUUUAUGAAACAAUCUUCAUUGAGGAAUGGGUUAAAUAUUCUAAACAAGUGUCUAGAAAUGAAAUGAAAAACACUGUAAAUAUGGAGUGGAUGACUGUCAUGAAAUGUCAAGUCAUUGUUUCACACCACGUUUGUAUCCGGAGCUGGAUAUUUUCAGCCCUGUUCAAGUUUCAGUUUUCUAGCUUGUACAAUAUUUUUCACUUGGAAUGCAUUACUGCAAAGUCUGAAAGCAUCCCAUUCUAAACCUGGCUACUGGGUAAACGGAAGCUCUGUCAUAGCAUUCCAUAGAAUGUUUCACAGGGGGUUGUUAAGUGAAUCAGUAAAUAAAUUGUCAACAGGU